AUGAACGAGCCGAAACAACGGGAAUUCGAGUUAGUCGUUGACAAUAGUCCAGUUGGGAAAGACAUGUGGGAAACAUAUUGGAGCCUCUUCAUUUUGGGCCUAGUCUCGAAUUCAAAGUCGUAUCAAUCAGCUAAAAUGGGAUCAGUGGCCUGUUGGUUGACCGCAGCUGCCGCUAUGCUGACCUUGAUUGCAGCGGCGGCAACGGCUCUCGAAGGACCCAACAUCUGCACUCGGAAAGAAAAGUAUACGGUAACGGUGAAAGUCUCCGUGCAGGAACCCUACACAGUGAGGGAAAACACAUGGUGUUUCAGUUUUCCGCCGAGAUGUUCCAAGUACAAAAUUGUCUAUAGGACGGAGUACAAGAUAGAAGAAUUCACGAAAGAAAGGCCUGUGGAGGAAUGUUGCAAAGGUUAUACGAAGACCACGAACGGCGAUCGUUGCAUUCCAGUCUGCUCUGAGGACUGCCGCUACGGCACUUGCGUCGCGCCCGACGUCUGCAAGUGUGAGUCUGGAUACGGGGGGCCGCUGUGCAACUACCGCUGUCCGUUUGGAAAAUGGGGCAGGGAUUGCGAGAUGAAUUGCAACUGUCAGAACAAUGCCACCUGCGACCCAUUCGACGGCAAGUGCUUGUGUACGCGCGGCUGGACGGGCGUGUACUGCGACCAAAAAUGUCCUCCCGACCGCUACGGACAGGAUUGCUCCGAAAAAUGUCGCUGUAUGAACGGCGGUAGCUGUCAUCACAUUUCCGGCGAGUGCCACUGCGCCUCCGGCUAUACUGGGCCGUUAUGCGACGAUUUGUGUCCGCUGGGGAAGCACGGCGAGGAGUGCAAGUCUGAGUGCAGUUGUCAAAAUGGUGGCUCCUGCAGCCCCACGACCGGUGAUUGCGACUGCACGCCCGGCUGGAUGGGUAAGGUCUGCGCACACCGAUGUCAGGAAGGUUUCUGGGGCAAGAAUUGUUCCCUCAGCUGCGAUUGCUACAACGAGGCUAGCUGCCAUCACAUCACGGGCGAGUGUCAGUGCAAGCCAGGCUUCUACGGUGAUAAGUGCCUGAAGAUCUGCCCGGAGGGGAAAUUCGGGCUGAACUGUUCCCAGGACUGCAGCUGCGAGAACGGCGCUACUUGUUCUCCUAUAAACGGUACCUGCAUCUGCGGUCCAGGCUGGGUGGGUGAGACAUGCAACAAGAGUGCUUGCGAGGACGGCCUGUACGGUGCCAAUUGCGCGAAGGUGUGCCAAUGUGAGGAGGUGAACACGGAGUUUUGUCAUCCCUGGACGGGACAGUGCUUCUGUAAGGUGGGCUGGGAUGGCGAGAACUGCGGCAGGCCGUGUCCGCUGUACACGUACGGCAAGACAUGUCAGAAUCGCUGCGACUGCAAAAACAACGCGCAGUGCUCACCAAUAGACGGCACCUGCAUUUGCGCUGCAGGCUACCGCGGCAAGGACUGCAGCGAGUUGUGCCCGGAGAACACGUUCGGCGAGGACUGCGCGCAAAAGUGCGCCUGCAAGAACGGCGCCAGCUGCUCGCCCGAAAAUGGACGCUGCAACUGCACCGCUGGAUGGGACGGCGUAUUGUGCGAUCGUCCGUGCGAUGACAAGUCCUACGGCAAGGAUUGUGAGAGCAAGUGCAGGUGCUUUAACAAUGCAGCCUGCAAUCCUCAAAACGGCACGUGCACGUGUGCGGCUGGCUUUACCGGCACACUCUGCCAAGAUCGUUGCGAAAAGGGCCUCUUUGGGAACGGAUGCAAUCAGACCUGUGACUGCGUCGACGAGAACACUGUGGACUGCGAUCCGGCCACCGGACAUUGCAAUUGCAAGCCAGAAUGGCGAGGAGUCCGAUGCGAAACGAAAUGCCCGGAGGGUCUUUACGGAGACAAUUGUCACUCGCAUUGCGACUGCAUGAACAAUAGCUCGUGUGACCCGAUGACUGGCCGUUGCGUCUGCGCCAGGGGUUGGGAAGGUGACGAUUGCUCGCAAUCCUGCAAGGAAGGAUGGUACGGUCUGGGAUGCAAGGAGAAGUGCCCGAGGAAGAUAAACGGGAACAUGACUUGCGACCAUGUGACUGGCGAGUACGUAUGCCGGCCGGGAUAUCUGGGUCUCACAUGUGAACAUCCGUGUCCUCCAAAUCGUUAUGGGCUCAACUGCGCGAAUGAGUGUCAUUGCAAGAACGGUGGCGAAUGUCAUCACGUGACAGGUGUGUGUCAGUGUCGACCUGGCUGGCAAGGAAAGUAUUGCCAGACACCGUGUGCGGAGGGCACUUACGGGGUGAAUUGCACGCAACAUUGCAAAUGCCAGAACGGUGGCAAAUGCAGAUCAAACGACGGUUACUGCCGAUGCGCGCCGGGAUGGGCAGGAACGAGAUGUACAGAGAUUUGCCCCGAAGGAUCCUACGGCGACCACUGCAUGAAGUCUUGCGAGUGUAAGAACGACUUCUUCAUAUGUCAUCCAGCCGAGGGAUGCAUGUGUCGGCACGGAUACACAGGUCCUAACUGCGACGAACAGCUGUUCUUCCGGAAUGUUCAGGAGUCAGAAGAAGGUGGAUACGGACACAUUGUGGCGGUAGUGUUUGCGACGAUCGUCGUGAUUUGUGUGGUGCUGGUUGGUUGGAUGUAUCAUCGUCGCCGAGUAUCCGAUCUGAAGAACGAGAUAGCUCAAGUGCAGUACACGGCCGAGCCAAUUCCACCGCCAGAACGAAAUCAGUUUGACAAUCCGGUGUACGCGUACCAAGGUUGUUCGAAAUUUGACGACGGCACCACCACUCUGCUGAACAACUUCCACUUUCGGAAUAAUCUCGGUAUCAACAAGAAUAUAAACAAUGAGAGAGCCAAGCUAGGUAUGAGCAAUUGCACCGACGACGAGGACGAGUGCAAAGGCGCGUUCGGGCUGCAGUUCGACCUGAAGAACAGGGACGCCGAUAUGGGAAAUCCGAACCUGAACGUGUAUCACAGCAUCGAUGAAAACGACGGCAAGAAGAUUGAGCACGUUUACGACGAGAUUAAGCAGAAUAAUGAGUCUGAGUAUGACGAACUGAGUCAUCCACGACCGGUUAGCUGGAAACCGUCAUCGCACACAAGUCGAACGACCAACGGCUAUCUACCGGGUACGCGCGACAAUCCAGGCCCGAGCAAACUAGCAGACAAGGACCCGGAACUGGGUGAAACGUAA